CCCCCGCCUUUUUCCGGCCCUCCGCUACCCGGGCCUCGCUCGCUGCUGCCCGUGGAUGCUGCGCCUGUCGGAGCGGAACAUGAAGGUGCUCUUCGUCGUCGCCCUCGUCGUGGGCUCCGUCUUCUUCCUGUUGCUGCCGCCACCGUCCGCGGCCGACGAGAAGAAGAAGGGGCCCAAAGUCACCGUCAAGGUGUUCUUCAACCUCCGAAUUGGAGAUGAAGACGUAGGCCAGGUGGUCUUUGGUCUCUUUGGAAAGACUGUUCCAAAGACAGUGGACAAUUUCGUGGCCUUAGCUACAGGAGAGAAAGGAUUUGGGUACAAAGGCAGCAAAUUCCAUCGUGUGAUCAAGGACUUCAUGAUCCAAGGCGGAGACUUUACCCGGGGAGAUGGCACUGGAGGAAAGAGCAUCUAUGGCGAGCGCUUCCCCGAUGAGAACUUCAAGCUGAAGCACUACGGGCCCGGUUGGGUGAGCAUGGCCAACGCGGGCAAGGACACCAACGGCUCCCAGUUCUUCAUCACAACCGUCAAGACAGCCUGGCUAGACGGCAAGCACGUGGUGUUCGGCAAGGUCCUAGAGGGCAUGGACGUGGUGCGGAAGGUGGAGAACACCAAGACAGACGGACGGGACAAGCCCCUGAAGGACGUGAUCAUUGCAGACUGCGGCAAGAUCGAGGUGGAGAAGCCCUUUGCCAUUGCCAAGGAGUAGCCCAGGGACCUCUUCCCUCAAGUGACCGUCCAUGCAGGCCCGUCGCCCUCAUGGGGGUGAAGACAGCCCGCCACAGGGCUCUGUGCUGCACUGGCCCUGGUGCUGGCAUCUGGCGGAGCGGACCCAUUCCCCCACAUUCCACAGGCCCAGGGCCCGGUUUUGUAACAAACUCCUACCAAUGCUGACCAAUAAAACAGAAGUGGGUUUUUUUUAUA